GCAAAGUUUGUAUUUGAACUGCACUCGUGCAGCUCAGCAUUGUUAUUGUGUGUGCUCGGGGUUAUUAAUCAGCGGUUGCAUUCAGUAGGUGCAUACUUGUGCCUAUUUCUUUUUUUGUUGUUUGCCGUCUUCCCCAGGUUUGAACAAUGGCUAACAUGGAAACUCUUGUACAGAGACUGGAGAAAGCAGUAUUGCGGUUGGAGACAUUACAACCAUCUGGUGGAAAUGAAGUUGGUUCUUCCGAUGAGGUUGCUCCCUAUGUUGAAGCAUUUGAUGAGCUCCUUGCUGGGCCAAUGGCAACAUAUUAUAAACUAAGCAUAGAAAUUGGUGGCGAUGUUGCAACACACGCUAACAUGGUGAAUGAAGCUCUAAAGUUCCAGAGAGGAUUUCUGGUAACAGCUUCCCAAUGUCAGCAACCUCCAGAGGCUAAAUUGACCGCACUACUGCAGCCACUGUCCAAUAAAAUUGUGCAGAUCCAAGAAUUCAGAGAGAAAAAUCGUGGAAGCAAGCAGUUUAAUCAUCUAUCAGCAAUUAGUGAAAGCAUUCCUGGUCUUGGAUGGCUGGCAAUUACUCCAAAACCUGGCCCUUAUGUUAAAGAGAUGACAGAUGCUGCUAUGUUUUACACCAAUAGGGUCCUGAAGGAGUACAAAGAAACUAACAAGAAGCAUGUGGAGUGGGUCAAGGCCUACAUAAGUUUCUGGUCUGGACUUCAGGCCUACAUCAAAGCAAACCACACCACGGGGGUUUCGUGGAACAAAGCUGGUAAGAUAGCAACUGUCUCUGCUGGUUCUGCUCCACCGUCUGGAGGAGCUCCUGUUCCCCCACCUCCUGGACCACCCCCACCUCCUGGACCACCACCUGCACGUGCUUCUGUGGUUUCUACAGACGACACAGAGAUUUCACGAACGGCUCUGUUUGCUGACCUUAAUAAGGGAACUGAUGUUACUAGUAGGCUGAAGCAUGUACCGGAUAGCAAUAAAACCCACAAAAAUCCUGCAUUAAAAACUUCAGCUGGACCUUUUGCUUCUGGUCCAAAGCCAUUCAAAACGCCUACUCCAACAGUGAAGCCAGCAGCCAAACAAGAACCACCCGUGCUGAAACUUGAAGGCAAGAAAUGGGUAGUGGAACACCAAAUGAAUGCGAGUAACCUGGUUAUUCAGGACACUGUAUUGAAGCAGGUUGUAUAUGUCUAUAAAUGUACGCAAUCUACUCUUACCAUCAAAGGGAAGAUCAACUCCAUCACCAUCGAUAACUGUAAAAAGAUGGGUCUUGUUUUUGAACAUGUUGUUGGAACUGUGGAGGUCAUUAAUUCUAAAGAUGUGAAAAUUCAGGUUUUGGGUAAUGUGCCAACUAUCUCCGUUAAUAAGACCGAUGGCUGCCAUAUCUACCUUAGUAAGGAUUCUCUCGCUUGUGAGAUUGUCAGUGCCAAGUCCUCUGAGAUGAACAUAUUGAUUCCUGACAAGGAUGACUUUGUGGAAUACCCUGUCCCAGAACAAUUUAAGUCUGUCUGGAAUGGGCAGAGAUUGGCGACUACAAUUACUGAAAUCAGCUGUUAAGCGAUGGAUCCUGGGGACUUUAACCCACAGGCAUGGUCUUAAUGAUGUUGCUAGUCAUGAGCCUGAUUAAUCUGUAGAAGCAACAAGCUAACUUUCUGCACAAUUCACCCCUUUUUUUUUUUUUGGCCUAUCCCUCUACUCAAGAGCUACCUAUUCUGGUUUGCCAUGUACCUCAAUACUGGAAUUGCCCUUUCCAGUAUGAAAUGGCCGAAAGCAGAUGGAUGAUUACUGCUGUCUUGUUAAAUCUAGCAGUGUAUAUUUGUGAAUCUAUGGGGUUAGAACAAUGUAGAGAUGGAAACAAUUGGAAAGAGCUUUUAUGAGUGAGUAUAGUGUACCAAAAUACAAUUUACUAGAAUAACAUUGCUCAGCUCUUAAUUGUGCUGGGCAAGGAGAGGGGCUUUUUCUAUUUCCUCUCACACUGGCUUAAAGAAAUUAUUUCUAAAAUUUGUAAUGCAAGUAUCCCAGACUGAUCUUAAGUCCUGCCAAAUAGGCAUAGAUGAGUUCUAAUACGCAAUUACAAUUACUUUUGAAUUUCUACUUACCCUGUGCCUCUUGCUUUGAUUAAUUAGGCUUUGGGACUGCUUGUGCUUUUGACUUAAAGGGUGGAAUUCUCUUCACUGCACUACUAAGAUUGUUUUUUAUCCUUUGAAAUUAUAUAGAGUCUAACGUGCACAAUUGUUACCCAUUCUUGGGUAAGAACUUCCCUCCAUGAACCAGAUCAAAACUUGUGAGGGGUCGAGAUCCUGAAUUUAUUUUUGUGCAUAUAGCUCUCCAAUUUUGUGAUCUAUACUUGAAAUUCUAAAAACGAUAUCAGUCUAAUUCCUGCAGAAAUUAGAUGUGGGUACGGGUGGGUUACUAUCUGUAGCUGUAAAACAUUCCAUGGCUUCAAAACCAAAUGCGGAUUUCCAGUGAACAUGCACACUGCAUUGUUUCUUAAUUUUUAUCAUUUGCACAUCACUUUAACACAAUUAUACUUUGACAACUUCAUUGGCCUGGGUUUUAUUUCUAGCAUGGUUGUAAGAUGCGGUUUGGACCCUAAUGUGGUUUGUCCUCGAUUGUUUCCAAAAAUAUAUUAAACUUUGCUCAUCUUUUCUCAGGGUCUAAUUCCUGCUGAUUUGGAUAAAAGAUCUGAUUUGCAUCAUUAUAUUGAAUAUUAGGUUUUGGUGUCUUCUUUCAGAUGUUUUGGGGGUUUCUUCUGUAAAUUUAUGUCUAAAAAUGAUCCCAAUGCCCAUUAUUUACUCAUUGGUUCCUCUAUACAAUGUUAAUUUGAGUUUCAGUAGACAUUAAAAACAAUAUUCUCUAGUUAUUAACAUUUCAGCACUGGUUGCACAAUGUAUGAUCACUUUUUUUUCCAAUUUAAAAUGUUCCACUGGUAUAUAAUAGAACAUUUAUGCCAGAUUGUUAAAGCAUUCCUUUUUAGUGCUUCUGUUUUCAUAUUCUGUGGCUCAAAGCUUAAUUUUUAGUUAUUUUUCAAAGAUAUCAACGUUGUACUAAUAGGUGGGGAAAUAAUUGGGGCCUUACAAGAUGUAUAUUAAUUUCUAAAUGGACCGCUGGACUCUUGAUUAUGGUGUAUUCACAUGCAUGAGAUCUGUGGAGCUAUUUUGCAAUCUUAGUACGUUUGCACAUUGAGAGGUGGGGAAUUUACCAGAUAGUGAAUAUGCUGCGAUUACGUAUGGCUACAGUUGGAUUGCAAAGCUGCUACUGUAAAUUAUUAACUAUUGUAGCAGUUUAAUUAAGAUUAAGUUAAAUUAAACUGAACUGAUUGCCAUUAGUUUGAGAAAUGCAUUUGACUUUUUACAUUUAAAGUGAACUUGCUCAAAGCAAUUCUUGUACUCUUAACAAUUUAUUGUCCCUCCAUCAUGCAGGAUAUUACCCGCAGAAUGAUGUUAACAGCCUCUAUUGCUGUGAUAAAUUACUGUAUUGUAUUUUCUAAACCUGAUAUCAAUGUUCCAGUAUCAAUUUGCUAAUUUUUCGGUUAUGUACAAGGGGGAUCAAACUCAGUUCUUGCUACUUAUGGUUACUAUGCUAUCUUAAGUAAAUCAGGAAUUAAACUGCAAAAUAAAAUUUGCCAACUCGCUUCUAAAUUGUUACAA